CUUGUCUUCCCCUAUUUGGAACAAACCCAUCUAACCAGAACAUCCAGUGAUCAUUUACAUAUCUCCCCUCUUCUCGUUGUCACGUACAAAUAUCCUCCUUCAAAUGGGAGAGAAAAGGAAAAAGGAGAGAAAGACGGGAGGAAACGCGUCGGGGAAAGUGGAGACGCGGAGGCGCGGGUAACGUCAGCGCUGCCACGCGGAGACGCCUACGGUGAAACGCGGCGAGCCAGAAACCGGCACGGUUCAGUUACAUCUGCGGAAUAACCGGAAUAAUUAAGCGACUGCUCCUUCUGCUCGUGAAGCAAAAGAAGUUUAUCUCCAUAAUCCUGGAUUCCUCGAUAACAAUACAUUAACUCUGCCUUUUUCACGCAACUUGCAUGGCUCAGCACAGGCCCUCGACCCAGAGCUAGCAUGUCCCUGAUGCAGAGCCUGAAGAAGUCUCCCGCGGUGCUUCGGCGCCGGCUGCGCCGCGACAGGACCGAGGACCUGUCGCACGGCGACCCUCUCUUCAAGCUGCAGUACUUGGGCUCGGAGAACGUCUACUCUCUGGACCUGGAGCAGGCGCGGGAUGCCAUCGGCCGGCUGCUGGAGGGCGCCCCCAGCAGGCCGGGGAAGGAGCACGCGCUGGUGGUGCGUCCGCGCUACGUGGAGGUGAAGGAGCUCAGCACGGGCCGGCAGCUGUCCAAGACGUUCCUGCAGGACAUCGCGUACUGCACCGCCGACACCGUGCACCCCAACGUCUUCCUCUACAUCUGCAAGCAGCGCAACCGGCAGCUGCAGUGCCGCGUGUUCUGGUGCAGCCGGGUCGAGCGGGCCAAGGAACUCACCGCCUGCCUGGCCGCCGCCUUUCAAAGGGCGCUCAGUGACUGGCAGGGCGAUUCCUCCAAUCGGACGCAAGGGGAGGGCCCUGCCAGUGGUGGCUUCCUGGAUCUGUCCAAUCAGGAGUCCAGGAGUGCCGCACUGCUGACACACCUUGCCAAAGGUGGGUCAGUGGAGGAGGCGGAGCCUGGUUUCCUGCUGUCCAGUGAGAGCGAGCCAGAGGAGGGACAUCCUGUUUGACAGCUUAUCAAGUAUUGCAGACCCCUCUACCCCCACCCCAGGGACUACUGGACCCAAAAGGACCCCUUACAUUUUUCUCUUGUGUCAAGAAAAAGGAGUGAUUGGGGUUUUUUUUGGAGGGAGGUUGGCAACGAAAGAGAGAUAAGUGACCCGGAUGGGAGGCAUUCCUUGCUGAAAUUCCAGGGACACGUCGUUUCUGGUUAGUUUCCUGUUUAUAGGAUGGGCGCUCAACCCGAAGCUUGUAGAUUCACUUUUACGGAGCAAGCAUACGCCCCCACUGUGGGUAUUUACCACAUUUUCAUCUGUGUAGGUCCAGACAAACUGGAAAAAAUAGUACAGAGAAGAAAAGUUUCUGAUGAUGUUCAGUGACUGUCCAGAGACCAUCGCUGCUGCGGAUUAAGUGAUAGGGGGUUGGGGUGGGGUCGGGCGUCGGUGUGGUCCCCCGGCGAGGCUCAAAGACGGGACCAACGCCGACUCAGCUGACAAGCUGCCAGGAAACCUCAAAAUGCAAAGAUAAGGAGGAACGGAGCAUUACAGGAAGCCUGGCUGGUGCAUUGUGGGUAAACUGAAGCCUAACGUGGUGAGGUGAAAUCUCACUCGUGGGAGGAGCAGCGGUUUGACGGCCUGUGGGUAUCGUUACCGUCAGGCACAGACUGCCUUCAGGCACUUAACUCGCUUUAUAUCGCGCCACGUUCUUUAGAUGUUGAUGUUUUUCCAAUCACGUUGUUUUAAAAAUGUAACUGACUGAACUGUAAGUUGAGUUGUCACCUGAAAUUAAAUCCUCAAUUUAA